UCACCGUCACCGUUGCCUGUCCACAUGUGCUGCAUUGUUUAUCAUUUCAAAACUGUGCACGCUCUCCACCAACAUUUAUAGAAAUUUAUGAAAAUUUCGUUACAUUUCCAAAUUCUAGAAAUUUGCAUUCUCCUGAAAUGGCUACAAAAGAAGGCGGCACGGCGAUAUCACCAAAAGAGAAAGAAAAAUUAAAACAAAAGUUAAUGAAUCUCCUGAUGGAACAUGAAUCAAAAAAGAAUAAAAAACAAUCGGAAAGAAAAUUCUUGAAUAAAACAAAUGAACAACGGCAUGGAAAAGAAGAGGACAUCCAGCAACAGAAGCAACAAGCUUCUCCAAAUCGAGAAGGCCACAAAAAGAAGCAUAAAAAUGCCCCGGGAGUUAAGGGGAAUCAACAACAUAUGGGUGUAGUGUCCAAGGGAAAUACAAAGAUGGCAAAUAAAAAGCUGAAUAAAAGUAACUCCAUGUCCCAGCAAAAUAGUACAAAAAGAGCUGGUGUAGAUGCGAAAACCAAAAAUUUGCCAAAAGAAGGUAACAACGAUAAACAUUUGAAACCAGACGUAAGGCAAAAAAGUAGUGAAAAUAGCAAGAAAUCUACAUUAAAUAAAAAGGGAAACACUGUACAAACCCCUAAAACGAAACCAGAAACUAUUAAUAUUAAGAAAACAUCAGUGGCUAAUGGCACAAAGAGUAAGAAACAAAAAGCAAAGAAAGUUGAACCUGAGGAUAAGUUGGGUUUAGCACAGAAGACAAAUUCUCCAAAAGCCGGUAGUCAACAAAAUUCUUCCAAAGGCCAAAACAAACCUAACAAUGUCAAUAUGACUAAAUUGGAAAAGGAGACAACAACAACGGAAAAUGCUGAACAAAAUAAAUUGUUCCGUUCUGAAGAUACAUUGCCAAAUAGCCAACCCAAAAGCAAGAAAAAUAAUAAACCCAAAACUAAUCUUAAAAAGACUGAUACCUCCGUAGGAGAAAAGAAUUCUAAAGUUCCUCUCAAAGAAAACUCUAAAACAGCAAAUAAAAGUAAAGAUAAAAAGGAAAAGAACAAGCAAAAGUCUCAAAAUUCCACCAAUGCCAAUGCAACAAAUGGCUCGACCAACAAAGAUCAGCAAAAUAAGGCAAAGAAACGCGUAGCGACUGAGACGUCAAAUACCACAAAUGUCUCCAAAAAACCAAAACUAACUAAAGAAAUACAACAAGUACCCGUGGAAAGCAAAUCUAAGAAAUCUAAAAAGAAUAAGGGAAAAACGAAUUCAUCAUCUGAUAACAAACAAUUGGAUACAAGUAACAUGCCCGGCUUUGUCAAGGGUGGGGAUUUCGAUUCAAAAUAUGGAGACUAUUCCGGUGAUGCAUAUUGGCAACAACAGUAUGCCAAUAACUUUGAAGAUUCCGAAGAUGAUUUUGGUGAGCAUCAACAAAAUAAUCAAGAGGUGGAAACCUAUAAUGGUUAUGGGGAAUCGGAUGGCUCCGAUGAAGAUGAUCCCUACAACUAUAGUGAUAUUGAUGACUCGGAUGAAGAUAGUGAUGACGAUGAUCCCUACAAUUAUAGUGAUAUUGAUGAAAACGAUGAAAACUCCUACAAUUAUGGUGUUACAGAUGAUGAAGAUGACGAAGAGGAGGAACACUAUUCAGAUUUUGAUGAAGACGACUACGAAGAAGAUGAAGAUAGUUAUGAUUAUUCAGACAAUGAAAAUUCUUCAAAUUAUGAUGAAGAUGAUGCUGAGGAUACCGGCAAGUCUUAUGAUUUUGAGGAUGAAGAAAAUGAUGAAGACUAUAAAUUACCAGAAGAUGUACCCGAAGACUUGAUUGUCCACUCAGGAACUGCCACCAAGAGGGACAUACAACCUGAGGACAAUGUGGUAUUUAAGGAUAAAAAAUAUUGCCAAAUUAUAGAAUUAAAGAGCCAAACAACAGUGAAAACAAUACAGCAGCCAGAAGGCUACAGAAAGGAAGAAUUACUAAAAUUAAAGUACAAAGAGAAUCACAUUGCAAAGAUAGAACCGCCAGCAUUGUCAUCUGAUACAAAAAAUGUCGACAAAGAAGUUGAAGAUAAAAAUGACGAUUGCCCAAAACUGGUACCAAUUAUUGAUGAGGAUGGUUUUCAACUUUACAAUCCCAAGGAGGAUGACGAAGAAAAUUUGGAUGAGGAAUCUUUAGGUGAUGAAGAGCAGGAUGCCUAUGAAUAUGACGACGAUGCUUCAAUGGAAAACGUUAGCCUGGGCAGUGAAUAUACUGAACUUGAUUCAGAUGAGGCCGAUUCUUUAAUGUCUGAAGAUAUUAAUGAAAAAUAUUUGAAUAGAAAUGCCAAUGAUUAUGACAGCAGUGAUGACGAUGAUGAACAUAUGCAUUCAAUGCAAACUGUGGAUAUCAUUAAUGCUACCAAGUGCAAAUAUGCUGGAAAUUCGAAACAAGAAAUGGAUGUAGAAGAUGAUGACGAUGAGAAGGAAGUGACGCCUUCACAAAUUUUAAACAAACACAUUAAGGUUGGUAGCAAAGCUGUAGUUGUAAGCAUUCCAAUUGCCGACAAGCCAAAAGAAGAAGAAAAAGAACAGUUGAACGAGGAGAAUGACUCGUUGAAUGCCAAUCCAAAUGUUCAAGCAGAAAAAGAAAUUGGGACAAUAUUGGAAUCCAACACAUCGUCCAAUUUGCCUCUAAAUGAUGGUGAAAAUAAUGAUGAAACAUCAACUAGCCAUGAUGAGAAACCAACAGAUCAAGUCGAUGGAGAUGAGAAUACCUCCCGCGAAGCAACAACUACACGUGCCAAAAUUCAACAUCAAAAUCUAACGGAUUACGAUACAAUAUUUUGUAAUGCCAUUAAUGCCAAUUUGGUAUUGGUUCUUGUGAAAGACCCCUUCUAUAUUUAUGGUACUGUACGUCUAACACUGUUGGCUGGUCAAGUUGACGUCUACGGCCAUUCGCUUAGCCUCAAUAAAGAAAUUGAGCUAUUUUCACCACGUGGUUGCAGUGUGAUAGAAAUUUCCUCCCACCCUAGUGCGGCAAAAGCACCACAAAACAACCUUAAGCAGACGUUAAAGAGUUACGACAGCAAUUUCCUACGAUCUGAUCUGGAAAGUAUCAUCAAAGGCUUUGAUCCCGCAAAAGAUGCUGUGGUUCUACUGAAACGCAACGAUGAAAGACGAAAAGUUGUCAGCCAGUUUAAGAAGUUCAUGAACGAGAAUGUAUUUCCCAAUCUACAAAAUAUAAAUCCGGAUCGACCUCUGUUCAAUUCCGAAUAUCUACUACGUUGCAUUAUAAACACAUCUGCCAUGGAACAGAAAUGUUUGCGUUUAUCCGAUCAAUGGAAACUUCUGGAAGUAAGUCGAAAGUCUCGCAUCCUGUUGGCUGGUGGAAAGGGGGUUGGUAAAUCAACUCUACUACGGUAUCUCAUCAACAAAGAAUUGCAGAGAAGCGAAAAAGUACUCUUAAUUGAUUUGGAUAUUGGUCAACCGGAAAUUUUUGUACCACAGACAGUGUCGUGUGCCGUGGUAACAAAACCUCUAUUGGGACCCGGUUUCUUUUUAAACCAACAGCCCGAAAAGGCAUUCGCAGUUGGCCACACAAACAUUGCAUUGUGUGCCCAUCGUUAUAUUGAAGCUGUGCAAAAAUUAAUUGAUUAUUGUUUAGCACAAAAUCACCUUCAAGACAUUCCAUGGUUUGUCAAUACCAUGGGCUAUAACAAAGGCUUUGGUUUGGAACUUAUUUCAGUGAUAAUAAAAUCCUUGCCCCUAACUGAUGUUAUCCAACUGCAAAGUAACAAGGCUAUAAAUAACUUUGACACAUUACUCUUCCCCCAAAAUAUUAAUCAAGUACCAUGUAAUAUGUUUAUGGAAUAUAAUGGAAAUCCUGAUGAAGAAUCACCCAUAUUAGAGUAUCGCACACAUGUAUGGCAAACUGCAGUCACACAAGAAUCACGCUAUCAAAAGGAAUGGGAUAUGAGUCCCAAAGAUACGCGGUAUGCCAUGUUGUUGACACGUUUGAGUGUUGCUUUGCAGGGACAUGCAGAAUGGCUUACUGAUUGUAAGCCUUUAAGUGCCCCCUUGGAUCAACUUAAGCUAAUCAAUUUAAUGGAUAAUAAACCACCCUGCUCCCAAGAUGAAUUGGCCAAGGCCAUGGAAGCCAAUCUAGUGUAUCUUUGUCAUGCCGAAAACGAACGUAGUGCUGUAGAAUGUUUGGGAAUUGGUGUUGUCCGAGCGAUUGAUUAUCAUGUGCGACAAGUAUAUCUCAUUCCGGCAAUUUCCACUCCGCUACUAAAGCAUGUCAACUGUUUAGCACUGGGCGAUAUGCCUUUGCCCAGUUCAAUGCUAACCAAUCAAGGUUCUCGCGUCAAUAAAACAGCACCAUUUGUCUAUAAUACCGUAGAAGCCAAUGCCUCCAAGGCGAUUAAACAAAUAUACCAUAGACCUAAGUUGUUCCUUAGUGGCAAGCAUAAAUCCCUAGACUAAGUGAAUUCCAGUGUUUAGUCCUAGUAGUUUAUUUUUGUUUUUUUGUUACUGAAAUAGAAAAGAAACUGAAGAAGACUAUUUUAUUUAUUUAAA